AAUAUAUUAUAAAAUAAAAAGUAGGCCUACUUAACAUGAUGAAAAAAAAUAAAACGUAAACAUCGGUCCCCUCAAGUAGUAGCCUAGUCUACUUCUGAGACGCAAACACCCGUUUUCCGUGAAAGCAAGAAACUAGAAAUGAUAUGUUUUAUUUAUUUUUAUUUAUUAUCUUGGGUGAAAGCCUUGUAUGUCCAAACAGCAUGUAGCCUAAGUUACGGAUCUAGUUUCGCUUACAUCCAUUUGUUUUAUUAAUCCUAACAUACUGUGCAGUACCAACGUAGGAUAGGCCUGCUUGGAAUUAGGAAUAUACGAGGUGCAGUGAAGGCAUCAGAACAGAGCUGGUGAAGGAACACCAGCGAUAAAUAGAAAAAUAGCCAAUGUGUCCAAACAAAAUAAUUGUCUGAAGUAAUGUAUCACAUAAUCUCAUAUUAAAUAGCAGUUGCAGUAUUAUUGUUGUGUCAGUCAGACUGAAAGUCCUUUAGCGGAGGAGGGUCUGGCAAAGCGAGACUACACACAAACACAAGUCUCGUGCAAGCGUUUGUAGGUCCAAAACACGCGUAGUGACGUACACUCCCACGCUGUCAAAAAGACACGAAGGGGCUUCAAGAGAGGCCGGCCUGAUGAGACGGAAAACCCCAUGCACUGGGGCUUUCCUGGACAGUUUGUUUUCCUAUAUCAGUCGUUGCAGUCGCUUUUAAAAUCAGAACUAUCUUACCGCACCGCACGAAUGAUGGACGACGCUGACCCCCUAGCUCCGAGUCCCUUCAAUAACAGCAAUUUAAAAGUGAAAGAAAGAACGCCGUUCAAUCAGGUGAUGACUUGUAAAGCCUCCAACAUGCAGAGACUGGUCCAGGUGGUGCAGAAGAGCUGCAGAACAGCCUUCCAGAUAUUCUGCUGGCCCUUAGAUGCUCUAGUGUGUGAAAAGGUCACAUUCUGCCCAGCUCAACCUCAUCAACCUACAGGGGCUAAAACUACACAAUUGGCAUUUCAGAAUCCACCAUCUACCAUUUUGAUUGUGAACAUCAGCAACUCCACCUUGAUCGACUGCGUCAUCGGGAACGACACGUACCAAUCUGCGGUGGCUGAGAGUCAGCCUCUAAUGCAGGAAUCUGAGCGCCAAAGGCAUGGUCAGGCCAGGUGCAGCUGCAGCCGUGGACAGCAGGGGGCAGCACAGACCUCUGCUCCUCCUCGUCCUCCCCCCGGUCCUCCCCUUCCAUCCGCCCAGCCUCGGAGCAUCAACAUCCACAGCUCCCGUCUCAACUAUGUCAUCAUCGGAGACAACAACUACAUGCACGCCGUGCAGACCCACUCCACUGAAACGGAAGUACCGCAUGUGUGAAGCUUUGGCCACACGGAGCGGACACACACACUACACACUCUAGCAACUCUGUCAUCUUUGGGAAGAUCAUAAUUUAAGCUCUAAGUAUGAGAUCAGAUUUUUUGUUUUGACAUUUUGUCUCAGUCUUUUGAUUCCGACUUGUUGUAUCGUUAACUACAGACAUAAUGUCUGCCUCUUCUACUCCUUUAGCAUUAUUUAAGGGCCCAUUUAACAAUCACUUAAAUUAGCAAUACAUCUGUAAUUGAUUCAUUGUUAAAUUGUCUAUAAAAUGUCAGAAUAGUCAAAGUAUUGACUUAGUAACUCAGAAUAUUGACUAAGAAUCUCAAA